CCCGCCGUCGCUGCGUCUCACAACGAGCGUUCCGGGUUUUUUUUUUUUUUUUACCCCCCACGGUUGAACUGGCGGUCGCGUUGCCCCUGUUUACGUCGGAACAAUCUCCAGGUGUCUACAGUCGCAGAUUCGUCACACCCAUGAAAGCUGCGGUAGCUGGAACGUUCUUAUGAUCCUCUGUGCCUUGAUCCCAAUCUGAAGCUCUGACACACCUCAAAACGACCUUAGUCACCGCUACCAACCUCAGUCAUCUCUUCGUCCAGUACUAUUAUCGAUACCUCAGAGAGGAUGUGAAUAGGAGAAGGGCUGAGGGUAGAAAAGCCCUAUAAAUCCAAUCAAGAAAGGAAUUGGGAUCGCAUGGAUGCUGUGGACUGACAGGUCAACUGAUACUAGGUCACACUGGCUUUGCUUGAAAGUUGACAAUGGUGUUGUUCCUGGUUGGGAUCUCUAUUGCCGUGAAUAAUUCAUCCCAUGAGAACCAAACCGCAGAAAACCCCACCCAUCAGGGUGCUCAUGUGCUACCCUCAACACUGGUCAUAUCCCUGCUUCUUGUCAUCGUUGUCCUGCUGACAAUCUACUGUCUGAGGUUCAAAAACCACAGGAAAGCUCUAGUUACUUCAGUGGAUAAAAAGAUUCCAAAUGGCUUCUUGGAGGAACAAGGAGAGCAGACAGUGGUCCUUCUCCCCAGAUCUCCUUCACCAUCCAAGAGGUACUUUCCCAUCCCUCUGGACUCACUGGAGGAAGAGUACCGGAUACGAUCUGCAGACGACGGCAAGCUCUUCAGAGAAGAGUUCAAUUCGCUGCCGUGUUACUACCACCACGGGUCCUUUGAGGAGGCGAGCAGAGAGCACAACAGAGAAAAAAACAGAUACCCAAACAUUUUACCAUAUGAUCAUUCAAGAGUGGUGUUGAGUCAUCUCGACGGACAUCUGUGUUCCGACUACAUAAAUGCAUCUUACAUAGACGGUUAUAAAGAGAAGAACAAAUUCAUUGCAGCUCAAGGCCCGAAGCUUGAGACAGUGGCUGACUUCUGGCGGAUGAUUUGGGAGCAGAAAACAGCAACUAUAGUAAUGCUGACAAAUCUUAAAGAGAGGAAGGAGGAAAAAUGCUAUCAGUAUUGGCCAGAAAAAGGCUGCUGGAUGUAUGGGAAUGUCAGGGUGGCAAUGGAGGAUUUCACUGUGCUGGUGGACUACACCAUCAGAAAAUUCUGUGUUCAGUAUCAGGGCAGCGAUGGUCCCCGAGCUCCCCGGCUGGUCACCCAGCUCCACUUCACCGGCUGGCCGGACUUCGGGGUGCCAUUCUCACCCAUAGGCAUGCUGAAAUUCCUUAAGAAGGUCAAGGCUGUCAAUCCAUCCUAUGCCGGACCCAUUGUUGUGCACUGCAGUGCUGGGGUGGGGAGGACUGGGACGUUCAUUGUCAUUGACAGCAUGAUCGACAUGAUGCACAUGGACCAGAGGGUGGAUGUCUUUGGCUUUGUGAGCAGAAUACGAGAACAGCGCUGUCAACUCAUCCAGACAGAUAUGCAGUACUCCUUCAUCUAUCAGGCUCUGUUGGAGUACUAUCUGUAUGGAGACACAGAGCUAGAUGUAUGCUCUCUGGAGGGCCAUCUGCAGAGGCUUCACAACGCCAGGGCUCCCCACGACAGGCUGGGCCUGGAGGAGGAGUUCAGGAAGCUGACCAACGUUCGCAUAAUGAAGGAGAACAUGAGAACCGGGAACCUUCCUGCCAACAUGAAGAAGAACCGUGUGCUUCAGAUCAUUCCGUAUGAUUUCAACCGAGUAAUACUCUCAGUGAAAAGAGGACAGGAGUUCACUGACUACAUCAAUGCCUCCUUUAUUGAUGGCUACAGGCAGAAGGACUAUUUUAUCGCAACCCAGGGCCCCCUGUCUCACACAGUGGAGGACUUCUGGAGGAUGGUGUGGGAGUGGAGGUGCCAUUCAAUCGUUAUGCUCACCGAACUCAAAGAGAGGGAGCAGGAAAAGUGUUUCCAGUAUUGGCCAUCAGAGGGCAGUGUAACAUUUGGAGAUUAUGCUGUGGAGCUGACUGGCGAUACACAGUGUGAAACCUUCACUCUCAAAGACAUGGUGCUCACCUACAGACCAGAAAAGCAGUCCCAACACGUCCGACACUUCCACUUCCACGGAUGGCCUGAGAUCGGAAUACCAGCCGAGGGAAGAGGAAUGAUUGACAUUAUUGCCGCUGUGCAGAGGCAGCAGCAGCAGUCUGGAAACCGUCCCAUAAUUGUGCACUGCAGUGCUGGUGCGGGUCGGACCGGUACCUUCAUUGCCCUAAGUAACAUUCUGGAGAGAGUGAAAGCUGAAGGCCUCCUGGAUGUUUUUCAGACAGUCAAGAGUUUACGCAUGCAGAGGCCACACAUGGUUCAGACUGUGGAGCAAUACGACUUCUGCUACAGAGUGGUUCAGGAUUUUGUUGACAUUUUCUCAGACUACGCCAAUUUUAAAUAAUACCUGUCAGAUACUGUUCUGUAUACUUUGGUCUAAUUAACUUAUGCAAUUUUUUUCUGAAUGUUUUUUUCUAAACCAAGCUCUUUUUACAUUUUGCACAGAUCUAAAAAUUAUUGUAUCAUACUGUAACUUAAAUGAAAACAUCUGUGCUCCAGGAGUCUCUUUCAGUCUCUUUCAGGAAUAUUCAAUCUUCAAGUAUCGUUAUAUAAAAUAUAGAAAUUAUUAGUUUUAUGUUGCAAAAAUGCAACAUUGCUAGGGGUCAAUAAAGUGUUAAAGAGGAAAUAUUCAAUAAUUGUUAUCCAAUUACAUACUAUCGUGUGUGUGUGUG